AUGGCGCUUCUGUGCGGAUGCUGCACUGACCAGGGUGAGCCUGUCGAGGCUGUUGAUUCGGCCAUUGAUCGCUUGAACGAUAAGCCGAAGGUCGCUGUGCCAGAUGAGACCAAAUUUGGAGAGCCUGCAGCUAGCCCGCGAAACGACAGGGAGUUCGAGGUGGUAAUCGAGAAGCUGCCUGGCGAUCAGAGAAUCGGCUUGGAUAUCAGCGUGGUGGGUGGCAAGGUUCUCAAGGUUUGGAAGGUGAAGGAUGGCCUGGUGAACGAGUGGAACAAGACACAGCCAUCUGACAUGCAGGUGAAGGGUGGUGAUGCAGUGGUCGCGGUGAAUGGCAAGCGUGGUAGUGCUGAUCAGCUUCUGGAAGAAGUGUCCAAGGGACAGAAGGUGACGAUACUGGUGUCGCGUGGAAUGUUCGCGUGA